CAGGUGUGUUUCUAUUUUACUUUUUGACAUUUUUUUGCACCUCUUUAUCGUUUUAUCAUGCUUUCACCACAUGGCUUUUAUUCACAAGACGCAUUCAGCUUACCAUCACGCAGUCCCAAGCGACCCAAGCGUGCCUCGAUAAGGAAGGUGUUUAAUCAUUCUGCUGGAACUUGCACACAUCGAGACGAUUUCCAAGUGGCCCUUUCCGUUCCGAAAACGAUCCAUGAUCGAGUUUUAUUCUACGAACUAUCUUUUGAACGAUUUAUCCAAAAAGACUCUCAGUUAAAGGCAUGGAUCCGACGGUCCAAACAACGAGGACCUCCACAGGUGAUGAAAGAAGGCUACUGUCCUCCGCGAAGGGUAUCGAAGCUUCAAGAACAUGCGGCUAAAUCCCGAGUUCGUCCAGAGGCAAUGACGGGUUCGGUGGUAUCAUCGGUGAGCUCUUCGUUAAGUACUUUAUUACGUAAAGCGACGCCCAAAUCGUCCAACGCUCGGCCACCAUCGACAGCUGUCAAGCCUGUCUUGCAACAACCCCCAAAACCUUCAGCAAGUCGUUUUUUUACGGCCUCCCUGAGCCGACUCUCCUUGUCCCGUUCCACCCAGCCAUCGCAUGUCAAAUCCACUUCGUCAACUGCCCCUAGUGUCAAUCUGAACAAGAAAAACGCCAAGAGUUCGCCGCCUCCCCCCAGCUUAAGGCAGCGAUUUAUCAAACGAACCUCGGCUGUCCAACCAGCGACUCGUACCACCGAUAUCAGGAACACAUCCAAUCCCCCUAUCCCAGUGACUCGUCCUAAAUCCUCACCACCUCCACCCAAAGAUGUAUCCUAUUCAUCUGUAUUCCUCGACCAUCUCCGGAAAAAAACCGGAUCCAACGACUCGUUUCACGAGCAUCAGCAAUUACAGCCAGCCAACAAUGGUCAGGAACGUGAUUAUCAGUCCACAAAAUCCCAAAUCGAUCCUACUCUCCUCAACCAUUACCUGAGAAAAACAGAGGGUGACCUCAUGGUAGCCAUGUCUAUGGCUUUGAAGGAACGUAAACGAUGGACCGCCACACCAAUCCACAACCAUCCGGCUAUGCUCCCAAAAUCACAUCUGCCACUGAAAGGACGAACCUCUACGCUGGCGUAGAAUGGGGCCUGCCAGUUCUGCGUGUUUGUAGAUGUGCACAUGGGGGGGGGGAAU